AUGGCCCCGUCAAUCCUCAAUUUCCGAGCGCUGCGUCGUCGUUCUAAGGCCAGCUUCAAAACCGACCGAUCCAACACAGACGUUUCCAGUGAUGCUAGCCAAGGAAAUACCCCGACACCCACGAGCGGCGCCUCAACGCCACCAUCACUCGCCCAUGCCUCUGAUCCCGCUCUGAAUCUUCAAGUGAAGGACUCCAAUCAGCCUCUCGCUCGCCCUCCGCUACAGCCCGUCAGCAACUCUCACAGAAACAGCGUCUCCGGUAUGGCGGGCUUGGGCUCUCCCGUGGUCACGGGCAAGUCCACAUUGCCUGUCUCCCAAUACGCGCCCCGGAUCGCCAAUGUCGCCGAAAAUGCCUGGCUUCAGAACGCUCUGCUGACAACAGGCAAGGUUUAUCAAAAGGUGCUUCUCGUCCACGGCACCAUUGGCGAGCCCUCUCAGCAACCUGUGGACGGCACCCUCUCCGUAACACGACUCGACGACAACUUCCCGCCAACAUUUUGGCCCGUGUGCGACUCUCAGUUUAAGGCGCUGGUUUAUCUGCAGCCAGGACCGAACAAGAUCCGAUUCGACUUCUCCAGUCCAAAACUGCCCAACAGCAGCUCUUCAAACCCCAUACAUGCAUCAUACCUCACAAUCCAUAUGCUUCCAGCCAACAGUGCACCACCCUUACAGCUCGCAAUUCUCGUCGCCAAGGAUUCUGCUGAAGUUUUCGAUGCGGUUCCCGCCCGAAUCGAGCGCGAGGGCAACGAAUUGGACAUGGCAGUGCGCAAAUUCCGCAUGGCCGCAUACCUUUGGCAGGCUUUCACCGCUGAGCAGAUGUGGCGCAAUAAGCUUGGGCGUCGUGCCUUCAGGUUUGAGGAGGAAUGGGUCACUGGUACCUCUAAUCAACGGGAUCGUGAGAACGGAACGCUGCGCUCGGAAGCGAGGGUCCACAUCAUCAGGUCGGAUAAGACUGUCGCAGAAAUUCGAGACUUGGAGCUGGCGCAGCAGAACGAAAAGGCGACCAAGAAGGGAGACUUGUACGGAAUCGCCGCUGAAGCCGUGAAGCAACAUUUCAAACCACUAGGCGGUCAGAAGCAGUACGUUUCCGUGCUGAUUCUUGAUACGCAGUGGGACAAGGAAGCCAACGUGGUCAGGGGACACGCGGCGCUCGGCGGAAAUGCUGGUGAUCUACAACUGGCUAUUUUUGGCUCGCAUUGCCUGCAGAGCUACCCCGCGAGUUUUGAAGAAGUAGUCCCCGCGUUCACGGAUUGCACUCCGACUGAUGUGGACUUUGUUGCCAACGAUUGCGGUCAAGCUGGCAGUUCCUGGGAGGCAGCCAGCAUCGGGAUUGGCGCGCAUUUACACGAGACGGGCCAUCUCUUCGGGUGCCCUCAUCAGGAAAGUGGCGUCAUGCUGCGCGACUACUUGACACUCAACCGCAGCUUCGUAGCUCGCGAGGCCUUUUGUACCAGAACGAAGUCCAAGGGUGGUUUGGUCGGUCAAGACGACGAAUGCGGUUGGCAUCGAUUGGAUUGCUUGCGCUUCCGCGCCCAUCCGUGCUUCAGGUUGCCCAACGACCCACCUAUGAACCCAGAUGACAGCGUACAUGCCUUCCCUGUCGAGGGUGGGAAGAUGGUUGUCAUGGCGCCGACCGGGGUAGCUUUCAUAGAGCUAUUUGCUGAAGACGAUGACGUUUGUCGGUCUUGGAUCGAGUACCCAGCUGAGACUGGCUCUGUGCAACGCCAAUUGACGCUGAGCGAUCAGGAGCUGCGGGAGAGGCUCCCAGAAAGCAAGCGGAAAGGACGGCUCAGAAUUUCGGUCAAAUCCCAUGGAGGCGGCAGCUUGGACGUUGACGACCUCAAGAAGCUAUGCUCCAAGGAGUCCUCCUUCAAGCUGACUCCUGGUCCCCUUGGCAAAACGGCUUACCGAGGAAAGGCUUUAGGGCUCUCAUCCAUGCAGGAAAGCGUCGCGCAAGAAGUUGUGUUUGAGAGCGCCGUUAAACAGAACAGGAUCCUAUCUCGCAUUAUCUUCUACCACGGAUACGCGGUUGACGGUAUAGAAUUCGUGUAUGACGAUGAUACCACCCAGCUUUUUGGCAAGAGAGGGGGCAAAGAAGGCGGCGAUACCUUCGACUUGGGUAAGCUGAUGCCCCUCGUUUUAACCAGCCUCAGCAAUGUUUCUUCCGCAAAAUAA